GCAGAAGGUCAAUAAAAAUGGAGGCAAGGUCUUCUGGAAUCACUAAUGGGAAAACCAAAGUCUUCCACCCAGUGGCCAAGGAUGUCAAUAUUCUUUUUGAUGAAUUGGAAGCUGUCAACAGUCCUUGCAAAGAUGACGAUUCUCUCCUUCACCCUGGAAACCUGACCAGUACUUCAGAUGAUGCUAGCAGAUUGGAAGCAGGGGGAGAGACAGUACCAGAAAAAAACAAAUCAAAUGGACUUUACUUCAGAGAUGGAAAGUGUCGAAUUGACUACAUUCUUGUGUACAGAAAAUGCAACCCCCAGAUGGAAAAGAGAGAAAUAUUUGAAAGAAAUAUUAGAGCAGAAGGAUUACAAAUGGAGAAAGAGUCCUCUCUAAUAAAUAGUGACAUUAUCUUUGUGAAGUUGCAUGCCCCAUGGGAAGUGCUCGGAAGAUAUGCAGAACAAAUGAAUGUAAGAAUGCCUUUCAGGAGAAAAAUCUAUUACCUGCCCUGCCGGUACAAGUUCAUGAGCAGGAUCGAUAAACAAAUAAGCAGUUUUCGGAGAUGGUUACCUAAGAAGCCAAUGAGGCUGGACAAGGAGACACUGCCAGACCUGGAGGAGAGUGACUGCUACACUGCCCCUUUCAGCCAGCAAAGGAUCCACCACUUCAUCAUACACAACAAAGACACUUUCUUCAACAAUGCCACGAGAAGUAGAAUUGUACAUCAUAUUUUACAAAGAAUAAAGUAUGAAGAAGGAAAAAACAAAAUUGGUCUGAAUCGUUUGCUUACUAAUGGCUCCUAUGAAGCUGCAUUUCCUCUGCACGAGGGAAGUUACAGAAGUAAAAACUCCAUUAGAACCCACGGAGCAGUAAACCACCGCCAUCUGCUCUAUGAGUGCUGGGCCUCCUGGGGCGUGUGGUAUAAAUACCAGCCUUUGGAUCUUGUAAGGCGGUACUUCGGAGAGAAGAUUGGGCUGUAUUUUGCCUGGUUGGGCUGGUACACCGGCAUGCUCUUCCCAGCCGCUUUCAUUGGAUUAUUUGUCUUUUUGUAUGGAAUCAUAACUCUGGAUCACUGCCAAGUCAGUAAAGAAGUCUGCCAAGCUACAGAUAUCAUCAUGUGUCCUGUGUGCGAUAAAUACUGUCCGUUCAUGAGGCUGUCAGACAGCUGCGUUUAUGCCAAGGUAACCCACCUUUUUGACAAUGGAGCCACUGUCUUCUUUGCUGUUUUCAUGGCAGUCUGGGCGACAGUUUUCCUGGAGUUUUGGAAAAGACGGAGAGCAGUAAUUGCUUAUGACUGGGAUUUGAUAGACUGGGAAGAAGAGGAGGAAGAAAUACGGCCCCAGUUUGAAGCCAAGUAUUCCAAGAAAGAGCGGAUGAAUCCCAUUUCGGGAAAACCAGAACCAUAUCAAGCAUUUGCAGAUAAAUGCAGCCGACUUAUUGUUUCUGCAUCUGGAAUAUUCUUCAUGAUCUGCGUGGUGAUUGCCGCCGUGUUUGGGAUCGUCAUUUACAGGGUGGUGACCGUCAGCACUUUCGCUGCCUUUAAGUGGGCGUUAAUCCGGAAUAAUUCUCAGGUUGCAACCACAGGGACUGCCGUGUGCAUCAAUUUCUGCAUCAUCAUGCUGCUGAACGUGCUCUAUGAAAAAGUUGCACUGCUUCUGACAAAUUUAGAACAGCCUCGCACUGAGUCCGAGUGGGAGAACAGCUUCACCCUGAAAAUGUUUCUUUUUCAGUUUGUCAAUCUGAACAGCUCCACGUUUUACAUCGCGUUCUUCCUCGGAAGAUUCACAGGACACCCAGGUGCCUACUUGAGGCUGAUAAACAGGUGGAGACUAGAAGAGUGCCACCCUAGUGGAUGCCUUAUUGAUCUCUGUAUGCAAAUGGGUAUUAUAAUGGUGCUAAAGCAGACCUGGAAUAAUUUCAUGGAACUUGGCUACCCGUUAAUUCAGAAUUGGUGGACUAGAAGGAAAGUAAGACAAGAACAUGGACCUGAAAGGAAAAUAAGUUUCCCACAGUGGGAAAAGGACUACAACCUUCAGCCAAUGAACGCCUACGGACUUUUCGAUGAAUACUUAGAAAUGAUUCUCCAGUUUGGAUUUACAACUAUCUUUGUGGCAGCUUUUCCCCUAGCACCACUUCUGGCCUUACUGAAUAAUAUAAUUGAAAUUCGACUUGACGCUUAUAAAUUUGUCACACAGUGGAGGCGACCUUUAGCUUCAAGGGCCAAAGACAUAGGAAUUUGGUAUGGAAUUCUUGAAGGCAUUGGAAUUCUCUCUGUUAUUACAAAUGCAUUUGUCAUAGCGAUCACAUCUGACUUUAUCCCUCGCUUGGUGUACGCUUAUAAGUAUGGACCUUGUGCAGGCCAAGGAGAAGCCGGGCAAAAGUGCAUGGUUGGCUAUGUGAACGCCAGCUUGUCUGUAUUCCGAAUUUCUGACUUUGAGAACCGAUCUGAGCCUGAGUCUGAUGGCAGUGAGUUCUCGGGGACUCCUCUCAAGUACUGUAGAUACCGAGACUACCGUGACCCUCCUCAUUCACUGGUGCCCUACGGCUACACAUUGCAGUUCUGGCACGUCUUAGCAGCCCGACUGGCUUUUAUCAUUGUGUUCGAGCACCUCGUGUUUUGUAUAAAACACCUCAUUUCAUAUCUGAUCCCAGACCUCCCAAAAGAUCUAAGGGAUCGAAUGAGAAGAGAGAAGUACUUGAUUCAGGAGAUGAUGUAUGAAGCAGAACUGGAGCGUCUUCAGAAGGAACGAAAAGAGAGGAAGAAAAAUGGAAAAGCACACCACAAUGAGUGGCCGUGA